AUGUUGUCUCAGCAAGAGAAAAAUGCUUCAAACAGUCAGUAUUAUUUUCAGCAUAUAAUUAUUCAUGUAAAUCUAUCUGAGUCUACAAUGACUGGUAGUCUUGUUUGUCAGCUUUAUGUGAAUGAAACGCAUUCAGGUGCUAAGCAGAAAUUGCAUUACUCGAUGACGUCUGUUGAACAAAGUCAAACACGAAGUUUAUUCACUUUGAAUGAAUACACAGGUGAACUACGCGUCAGUGGACUAUUGGAUUUUGAAACUGUUAAAAAGCAUUAUCUCUUGAUUGCUGUCCGUUAUUCCAGUUUACGUUCAUAUACAUCGUAUGCAACUAUUUAUAUCAAUAUAUUAGAUGUCAAUGAAUAUGCACCACAAUUUUUUGGUUUAUACAUCCCUUCAAAGUUAGAAAGUCAUCAUAUCAAUGUAUUGGAUAAUGAUUUAGAGUUUCAAAAUUUAGGCACUUUUACAUUUUAUAUAUCAGGAUUGAAUCCUGUGAAUAGUUCGGUGGGUUGUGUUACAGCAUAUGAUCCAGAUUCUGAUGAAAAUGGAAAAAUCGUGUAUAGCAUCGUAAAAGGUGAUACUUCUGAUUUCUUCGCUAUUGAACCACUGAAUGGAUGUAUAAUACUAGCCAAAUCACUUCUUCCUAAUUAUGCCUAUUCAACAACCGGUUGAGAGUUUAUCUCCGGGCUUAGCUCCAAACUAUUCGUUCGAACUCAUCGUCUGAUUGUUUCUGCAAGUGAUCAAGGCGCGCCUGUAUCGAAAACCAAUCAUACACAAGUAAAUAUUCAUAUUGUCCCUGGUCCAGGUGGUAUUGAUGCCCCAGCGCUCGUUUCGCCUCAGAUAGUGUACUCCAUUUAUCCAUAUAUGAAAAUGUUCCGC